UGCGUCAUAGGAAUCCAGCUCUUAUCCUUUCUCUCUCCUCUCUCUCCCCUGUGGAAUAAAAAUCCGCCUGUCUCGAGGAGCCCACUGGAAUGGGCUCUCGUCCGUGGCCCCUGGUUUUCUUCAACCCCCUUCCCACUCUCUCCUCACAAAACGAACAAAAAUAUUAUUUAUUAAACCCUUUAUUUGCGCCCUUUUAUACCUCUCCCCAUCUCCUUCAACGCCCGUAGAACUCUCUCCAAAGAACCGCUCCUUAGAUUCUCUCUUCCUUCCUCUCUGCAAAUUUUCAUCUUUUCCCUGUCUCUUUCUCAGCAAAUUCCCAUAUUUUCUCCCCUCUGUUACAAAAAUUUACAUCUUUCGCCUUCUCAACACAAAACCCAUCUCUAAAAUUCUCAUAUACAGAGCAACCCACGUCUCAAAUUCUCAUCUUGAGAGAAAACCCAUUUCUCAAAUUCUCAUAUUUCCAGAGUUCUCUCUCUAGGUUUCCUGGCCACGCAUCUUUCUCUCUAGAUAUAUAGCUGCCUUUGUAUAAAUUUUUUUCACUCCCUUCCUGUCAAGAUUCAAUCAUCUUUCAGUCUCCUAUUUAGCUGUUUAUUUGCCAUUUCUGUUCUCUCUCUACUACCCCCAUCUCUGUAUUUUUCCAUUGAAUAGAGAUUUUGUUCUCUCUCUCAAUCUUCAUUUCUUAACCAUUUUUUGAUUCAACCCAUCUUCCAAUUCCCAAUUUUCACAGAGUUCUGUCACUAUCUCCCUCUCUCUCUCUAGCCCUUCUCUCCCUAUCUCUUUCAUGGUGUUUGUAUUCUGGAACUAUUUGGAUGAGGAUAGAAAUAGACAAGAGGGGCAAUAGUUUUUGUGAUUUCGGACCGGAGAAGAAGGCAAAGAAAACCCGUAGAAAGCACAAGAAAGCCAUGCCAACUGCUGUUCAAAGGCUCUUUGAGAUCUGCAAUGAUGUCUUUGCCGGUGCUGGGAGUGUUCCAUCUCCUCCACAAGUUGAAAGGCUUCAAUCAGUUUUAGAUAGCAUGAAACCAUCGGAUGUUGGUCUCAAUGAGCUUAUGCCAUACUUUGAGGCAGAGAAAAAUGAAGGCUACCCACCAAUUACCUAUCUUCACGUAUAUGAGUGUGAUAACUUCUCAAUUGGUAUUUUCUGCUUGCCUCCCUCAGGUGUGAUUCCUCUCCACAACCACCCCAACAUGACAGUCUUCAGUAAGCUUCUCUUUGGUUCAAUGCACAUAAAGUCAUUUGAUUGGGCUCCUCCUCCCUUCGACGCCGUUUGGCCAGCAAAAGCCAAGGCAGAGACCACGAGUUCUGUUCGACUAGCAAAGGUGAAGGUGGACUCAGACUUUAAUGCGCCAUGUAAGACUUCCAUUCUCUAUCCGACUUCGGGUGGCAACAUGCACACUUUCCAUGCCCAAACGGCAUGCGCUGUGCUCGAUGUGUUUGGCCCACCUUAUAAUGACUCCAAGGGCCGGCAUUGCACAUAUUUUCAUGAAUUUCCAUAUCCUAGUUUCUCAGGUGAUGCAGUCUCAGUUCAAGAGAAUGGCGGUGAGUACGCAUGGUUGGAAGAGAUCGAGAGGCCUGGCUCUUUAAAAGUUGUGGGUGCUGAGUACGAGGGCCCAAAAAUUGUUGACACUCUAUAAAAAAAACUGUACGAUCAAACCCAUUGCUCUCUUUGUUGUAUUGCAAUUUUAGUGGCGGUUUGUGCUACUGCUUCACCUUCUUCUUGACCGGAGCAUUUCUCAUGGCCAUACAGCCCAGUCCUGUAAAUACACAGAAAAAAAAAAGAACCAAAAGGAAGAAAAGAAGUAAAUGCCUAUUAACCAUGAGGGGGUUUUUCCUUUUCUUUUAUCUCUGUUCUUUUGGUCUUUUUGGACCAAUUUCUCUUGAAUUUGCCUCUAGAAACUAGAAACACUCUGUUUCUUUGCUCAGUUCAUUAGUUCCAUUUGAUGUUUGGUUUGUACUAUUUAUCAUAUAAUGGUUUGUUCACUGGACUUAAGCCCCCCAUUUU